AUGGCCCCCACUCUCUUUUACUAUUUAUCCUUCUUGACAGCGGCAGCUCUCGUCAACGCUGGGUUGCCGAGUAAAAUAUAUGGCGUAAACUUGGGUUCAUGGCUCCUGUUGGAACCAUGGAUGCUUCCAAAUGAAUGGGUGCGCAUGGGUGGCGACUACUGCACAUCGGAUUGUGGUGGAACUUGCAUCGGGUCUGAGUUUGCGUUUGCCCAGAAAUAUCCCCAGACCGUGGACAAGAUCUUCAAUCAACACUGGGAGACCUGGUUCAACCAAGCUGACAUUGACCAGAUUAAGGGAGCUGGUCUGAACACCGUCCGCCUGCCUUUAGGCUACUGGAUCAUUGAACCACUUGUCAACAGGACUACGGAGUUCUACCCCCGUGGUGGCAUUUUGCAAUUGCAACGUGGCUUGACACAACUUAGAGAUGCAGGGAUCUCUGUCAUUCUCGACCACCAUGCUCUUCCUGGAGUUUCUACCCCCAAUCAGAUGUUUGCAGGGAGAUGCACCAGCGAUGUUCAGUUUUACACUCCGUACAAUUACCACCGCGCUCUCAUCUGGACCGCCGUCAUGACGGCACUAUCACACCUUGAUCCCGCUUUUGGAAAUGUCGCGGCAAUCGAAGCUAUAAACGAACCGAUCAUGGAUGCUAAUAAAACCCCCGGCUACGGCGAUUUUCAGAAGAACUUCGUGCAAGUCAUCCGUGCCGUCGAACUGACCCUUGGUAUUGCACCUGUCUCUGGUCAAGUUCCUCCCAUCCUCGCGUCACAAGUGAAUGUCGCCAGUGCUUUGUCUGCUGCUGCUACGUUGCGGAACAUCUUCAACCCAGAGGUUUGCAAAGUAUUGAAAGAUGCAGCGCCAAUUUUCGCGCAGGUCGCCCAGCAGUUGGUGCUGAAUACGCGCUUCCAGCAGGGUGGAUUGAGGAGUAUUUUGCAGCAAAGGACUGCGUUGGUAACCAACUUUAUGGAUGUCAGCUGGCAAUACAACAACCGUUCGAACCCCGCGGACGCAGCAAUUGGUCCUCAAAUUUACGACAAUCAUUUGUAUUACGCGUAUGGUGGCGUCGCCGAUGCAAACGAACAAGCAUACCUAACUUCUAUGUGCAAUUUAAAAAGGAUCCAAACCGACGCAGCUCUCGGUAACAGUCCACUCUUCUUCGGAGAAUGGAGUCUCGCCACCCAGUUCAAUGCCAAUGCCUCCGACACAUUCAUGAAGCAGUGGGCCGAUGCACAAAAACUCGCCUAUGGGAAAGAUGCGGGUUGGAUCUUCUGGAAUUUUAAACUGGAGAUCUCCACUUUAACUGCAGAUUUGCCGAGGCAGUGGUCGUACAUGGAGGGCUUGAAGAGAGGGUACCUCACUCAGGACCCAACAAAGUUCAACGAUCCCCAUGUCUGUGACGCGUACAUCAACGCUACAGCAACCACAACCACAGCCACGGACCAAACUCCCCCGGCUCGACGGGGUGAACACUGGAAGAGGCGCCAUCAUGCUUUCGGAGCCCGUGGAAUGAAGUUUUGAUCACUUAUGUAUUUCGUGCAAAGGGGGCUUCGGUUCCUUUUCGUCCGCUCCUUUGACCAACUUUCUUCAUUCGUUUUGCUUUGUAGG